AAAACUGGUAUGGUUGCUAAAGAAUACACGUAUUUAUAUAUUUUAGACCUGUGUUUAUAAGUGAAUUUACUUCGUAGAGAGGCGGUGAAUAUGGACUCAACGCAAAACCUUGGAACAACUGGAAAUAUUAUUAGCCAUGAAGCAUUGGACGAGUCCUCGUUUGUUGGAAAUAUACUACGUGAAAUUUUGUAUAGUCCGAUGAACCUAGCACUUUUAACUGUAAUAGUCUUUCUUGUAUACAAAAUAGUGCGCGAUCGCACCGAAGUACCAAGUUCUAGUGCUCAGAAACAAACUUUACCAGAACUUCCCAAAAUACGACGCGACUUUACUGUUAAGGAACUACGACAGUACGAUGGCAACCAACUUGAUGGUCGAGUUUUAGUGGCAGUUAAUGGAAAUGUGUACGACGUUAGUAAAGGAAAACGCUUUUAUGGGCCAGGAGGACCCUAUGCUACGUUCGCUGGAAGAGACGCUUCACGAAAUUUGGCAACAUUUAGCGUGGUUUCGAAUGAUAAAGAUGACUUUGAUGACUUAAGCGACCUGAGUGCAGUAGAAAUGGACUCAGUGCGAGAAUGGGAAAUGCAGUUUAAAGAGAAAUAUGAGCUUGUUGGCAAGCUGUUACGUACGGGAGAGGAGCCUACUAACUAUGAAGAUGACGAGGACGAUGAAAAUAUUAUUAACAAUGAUGGAACUGUUGUUGCUCAAUCAGUUAAUGUAUUAAGCGAACAAAAAGAUGUCUUGCGGGAUCGCCAGUCUAAAAAUGUUACAUCGGAAACGGAGAUAUAUGCUAAAAAGAUCAGUGCGGUAGAUGAUCACAACUUCAAAGAAGAUCAAAUUGCUGGAAGUAACAUUUCACUUUCCACACCUUCCACCGAAAACAGUUCAUUAGGUGAAUUACCCAUAACCGAUUUUUAGCAAGGGAAAGGCUCAAAAUUCAAGAACUGUUUGUAGCUUCAAUACACAAUCGGAACCUGAGAAUCAUUCA